AUGAUAAAUGUACUUUCCUCACUGCUGGAUGUUGCUGCCAGGAUUAAUGUGUUUAGAUUCCACCCAAAAUGCAAAAAAAAUCCCCUCACUCACAUCUGUUUUGCUGAUGACCUCCUUUUGUUCUGUCAUGGAUCACUGGAUUCUGUGGUGGGGGUGGUUAGUUUCUUGGACAAGUUCUAUGAGAUUUCUGGCCUUAGAUUGAAUGCUACAAAGACUGGAUUCUUUACUUGUGGGAUAUCAGAAGAUAAAGUUGAGCUGAUUCAGAGAGCCACUGGUUUUAGGAUUGGUCAGCUUCCUGUUAGAUAUCUUGGGGUGCCCUUGGUCACACGUAAGCUCACUAGCAAGGACUGCUCGGCAUUGCUGGUGAAAAUUAAGGACAAAAUUGAUAAGUGGUCCAACAGAAAACUCAGUUAUGGGGGUAGGCUUCAGGAUGUUGAGAAGCUUUGUAUGAAGUUCUUUUGGAGAGGCAGCGGCACCUCUGCUAGUGGUGCUAGAGUGAGCUGGAACCAGGUGUGCUCACCUAAAUCUGAGGGAGGAUUGGGCUUAAGGAAGCUUGCUGACUGGAGUAAAGCAUGUUGUCUAAUGCUUAUUAAGUGUAUCCUUGCGGGGGAAGGGUCACUGUGGAUUGUGUGGAUUAAGAGCUAUUGUUUUAAGUCUGUUGAUUAUUGGUCUGUGGUCAAUGGCAGGUGGAUAUGGGGUAGUGUCCGCGAAAGAAGUGACAAGGUUGCAUGGCAUAGACUCAUCUGGUUUCCUGCUCAUAUCCCCAAGUUUUCUCUUAUGGCUUGGAUGGUUCUGCUCGACAAGCUUCCUACUAAGGAUAGAUUAGGUAGGUUUGGAAUUGUGGUUAACAACAGUUUAUGUGUGCUGUAUGGGGUAGGUCAAAAAUCUCGCAACCAUCUAUUCCUUGAAUGCCCAUUUGCGUCUGAGAUAUGGUGUGUUGUUUUGCUUGAUUGUGAAUUGAAGCAUCAGGUGCUGGGAUGA